CGGGGGGGCGUAGGGGCGGGAGCCCGCCCGCCGCCGCCCUCGCCGGCGCUGUCAGGUGCCCCGGAGUGCGCCGGUGCCCGGCCGAGGAUGCCGCCCGCCGCCGCUCGCCCCGGUUCAUCUGUUGCUGCCUGAGCCAGCCCGAUGGAUGCGGCCGCCCCCGCGCCCUGCCCGCCCGCAGCCGCCCCGCUGGCCGCCGAGCCGGGAACCGCUCCGGAGCUCCGCGGCUGGUAAAAACCGAACCAAAACCAAAUCCGAACCAAAAAACACCCCUCCGCUUCGGCCGGGGUUGGAGAGGCGGCCGAGGACCAUGCAGCGCGUCCCCCGGCUCGGCGCUCCCGGCACAGCCGCCUCCUAGAGCCGCCGGACCCGGGGCUCCCCGCGCCAGGACCGAGCGGCACCUCCUUCCCCUCUCCCCUCCAGCCGGGCAAGGAGCCCGCCCUCGCACUCCUCUCCCUCUCGAGAUUUUGGGUUUUUUGUUGUGUGUUUAUUUUUUUUUUUUUGGGUGGAAACCGCCCGUAACUCCGGGAGGGCUGUGGGGGGACGGCGGGGAGGGGACCAUGGAAGAAAAGCUCCAGGCGCAUCAGGUGGAGAUCGACCCGGAUUUCGAGCCGCAGAGCCGGCCCCGCUCCUGCACUUGGCCUCUCCCCCACCCCGACUUGGCGGCGGAGGAGGAGGAUGGGGGCGCGGGGGGACCCCCGGCGCUGGCGGCCGGCGGGGACGGAGCCGAGAACGCGGUGGCCCCGGUGGAGCGCAGAGUCGCCGCCGCGCCCCCGCCGCCCCCCGGCGCGGAUGUGGGGCAGCUCCGCAAGGCCAAGACCUCCCGGCGCAACGCCUGGGGCAACCUCUCCUACGCCGACCUCAUCACCAAAGCCAUCGAGAGCUCGCCGGAGAAGCGCCUCACCCUCUCGCAGAUCUACGACUGGAUGGUGCGAUACGUCCCCUACUUUAAGGAUAAAGGAGACAGCAACAGCUCCGCCGGCUGGAAGAACUCCAUCCGGCACAACCUGUCCCUGCACACCCGCUUCAUCCGCGUGCAGAACGAGGGCACCGGCAAGAGCUCCUGGUGGAUGCUGAACCCCGAGGGCGGCAAGACGGGCAAGACGCCGCGGCGGCGGGCGGUGUCCAUGGACAACAACAGCAAGUUCCUGCGGAUCAAGGGCAAGGCCAGCAAGAAGAAGCAGCUGCAGGUGACGCAGGAGCGUGGGGAGGACAGCCCCUCCUCCCAGCAGGCCAAGUGGUCGGAGAGCCCCGCGUCCCACGCCAGCGACGAGUACGACGCCUGGGCGGAGUUCCGGACGCGCGCCAGCUCCACGGCCAGCACGCUGAGCGGGCGCCUCUCGCCCAUCAUGGCCAACCACGAGCCCGACGAGCUGGAGGAGGACGACGGCACCCCCUCCUCGCCGCUGAUGUACCCCAGCCCCUCCAGCACCAUGUCUCCUUCCCUCAGCGCCCGCUGCUCCGUGGAGCUGCCCCGGCUGACCGACCUGACCGGCACCAUCAGCCUGAACGAGAGCCUGGGGGAGAGCAUGCUGGAGGACCUGCAGGACGGCUACGCCAUGAGCCCGAGCCAGCAGCUCCCGCCGGCCGCCCUGCGGCAGCGCAGCUCCAGCUUCACCUUCAACUCCAAGUGCUCCAGCAUGGGGGCUGCCAGCAACACCUACUGCGGGACCAUCUACAGCCAGCCCGCCAUGGGCCUCAUGCGCCGCCUGCCCAUGCAGACCAUCCAGGAGAACAAGCAGGCCACCUUCUCUCCCGUCAGCUCCUACAGGAACGCCUCGCUGCAGGACCUGCUCUCCUCCAUCUCCUACGCGCACAAGGAGAGCAUGGUCCCCGGGGACCUGCCCCUGCCGCAGGCCAGCCCCAUGGUGCCGGCCCGUGGCCACAGACACAACCCGCUGCUGUGCGGGGGCGGGGAGCAGGGCCUGGCCUCCUACCCGUCCCACCCGGGCCCUCUCAUGAAGAGCGGCGCGUUGUACCACCCGUCACCAGCCGGUCACCAACCCGCGGUCAACACCAGUGCCUUAGCCAAUCCUGUCAGCCUUAUGAGCCUGCCCAGUGACUCGUGCAGCAUGGCAGCCGUGCCGCACCACGGGCACCUGCAUUCCUACGCUAAUAACCAAGGGGCACACAUGAGCUUGCUGGAUUCGCUGCAGGGCCCCUACCCGGGGGCUGUCCACCCCCCCGUGUUGGGCCAAGACAGGUUCCCAGCAGACCUGGACCUGGACAUGUUCAACGGGAGCCUGGAGUGCGACGUGGAGUCGAUCAUCCUGAAUGACUUUAUGGACAGCGACGAGAUGGACUUCAACUUCGACUCGGCCCUCCCGCCGCAGAACGGGCUCAACGUGCCCGCGCUGCCCGGGGGGCCACAGCCCACGAACCAGAGCUGGGUGCCUGGGUGAUGCCCGUCCCGGGGGGGGCUGACCACCGGGAAGCCACGAGGGGAACAUUGAGACUAACAUAUUUUUUUUCCUUUCUCUUCUGCCUUUGUUUGUUAAGAUGGGCGAGAGCCGUCGGUCUGAGCUUGAGGUCGAACACGGAACACAAACCGGAGGGUCAAACCCUGAGAUGGAGGGGGAGGGCCCCCAGCCCCACGUGUGCCCGGUCUGCUGGGUCCUCCCGUGGGCAUCCUCCAGAGGACACGGGGCAGCAGGGUGGGAGAGGCAGCUGGAGCCAGACGGAUCCAGGGGGGUAGCAGGAAGGGAAGGCCUUUCCAGACGGUCCCAGUGUCCAAUUGCAAUGGUGCCAGUUUGA